GGAACACAGCAUGGACCAAUCAGAACGGAGCAUAGAAAUAAACCCAGGGCCAGAGGCUCAGCUGCCUCUGGGCACCAUCCUGGAGGAGGAGAAGAUGAAGUGGAAGGUGUCUGCUCUCAUUGGCAUCCUUCAGGCUCAGUUCCCGGGAGCAGAGGCACAGAGCUUUGGCCUGCUGGAUCCCAAACUCUGCUACCUGCUAGAUGGAAUCCUCUUCAUCUAUGGCGUCAUUGUCACAGCCCUGUACCUGAGAGCAAAGUUCAGCGGGAGUGUAGGCGCUGAUGCCAACCAGCAGGGUUCCAACCAGAUCUACAAUGAGCUCAAUCUAGGACGAAGAGAGGAAUAUGACGUUUUGAACCAGAACUGGGCUGGGAAUCCUGAGACGGGAGGCAAAGAAAAGAAGAGGAACCCCCAGGAAGGCGUGUACAAUGCACUGCAGAAGAACCAGAUGGCGGGUGCCUACAGCGAGAUCCGGGUGAAACAGAAGAGGCAGAAAGACAAGGGGCACAAUGACCUUUACCAGGGGCUCAGUGCGGCCACGAAGGACACCUAUGACGCCCUUCAUAUGCAGACCCUGCCCCCUCGCUAAAAGCCAGGGGAUUUCCCACCCAUAGGCCUGACCUGCUGUUGACUGUGAAGGACAGCGUACACAAUUCAGUUUAUUAAUUUCGCUGCCACUAUUUUAUGAAGAGGAUGCUUCUGGUUGUCACACCUGUCUUCUCCAGUCCCAAAGCACAGUACACAGAAUGUCGUCCCUGAACUCUCUAAAGGGAGAGCCCCCCUCACUCUCUUACCUCAGCCCAGUUCCCACAGCAGAGCCAACCCCUAGCCAGGGGGUUGGGGUGGGGGCACUGACAUCCUUCCUUCCUUGCACAGCUGAGUUCAGUUUGCUUUGUAAUACCCCCAGAGAAGGCCUGGGUACUGUUUGUAUUGUUCUAUUGAUAUUGACUUAGUUUGCUCAUGCUGUAAAUUUGGCUUCUGUUGCCAUCCUUCCCCACAGUCAGGAUGACCUAUAAUUAGGCCACGUUGUAAAAGACAGAGGCAGGUAGGAGGGAGCCUAGGCAAGUGUCAGCCAGAAGAGGCUGAAAGAAGGGAAGCAACAUGCUUGGAAGGCCCCCAGCAGUUACAAGGGGCCUCCUUCUAUCAAGCAUGAAUCUCCCAGCUACUGUGCCAGGCACUCCAGGAAUGGAAAGAUGCCUUAGCUUCAUGGAAAACACACUCAUAAGAGUGCAAAUGAUUUGUGCACAAACUGGCACAGAAAACAGGACGUCACUGCAUACAAUAAACCAGUAAUAAUAAAGCCAAGGCAGUAAGAGAAAAGGGGGCAAGUCCUGCCUUCUUCCCGGAACUUGGUUCAUUGCUUCUUGAGUGGCAAGAAGAUCAAGCCCACUAAGGUCUGCAGUGCUCACACAACAGUGGUACAAUGAGCCAAUCAGUGGACUGCAACCUCAUGGUAGAAUUAAAGUGCCUGUGACCAUGGAUG